AGAAGCUUCAUGAUUUAUGAGUUGCAAGGAAGAAGUGAAACAUUUGAACUACAGUUUCUUGUUCAACUACACAGAGAACGUGUAUGAAAAAUUGCCCUCAAAAGCUAUGAAUAUCAAGACAUAAGUGGUUGAAUUUUGUGAGCCCCGCAUCACAGAACAACCAAGCACAUAAAAAUAUUAGCAAUUUACUUUUCUCUGUGCCGUGUUGGCUUCAAGCUCUAUUUUACAUUAAUUUCGCAAGUGAAUUCAAGUGGAUUAUUAUGGGCAAUAAACGUAAUCAAAUCAGUGUUCCUUGGGCACACGUCAUUGUGCUUCUCUAUUUGAUUGAAGCGUUGGGUUCAUUUGUGGAUGCCGAAAAUGGGUUCACCCAAAUUUCUAAAGAAAAUACUGCUGUUGCCAACCGUGGGAACAUAAAUGUAAGCGAAGAAAAGGAUGAAGGAAAGCUGCAUAUUGGAAAGUCAUCAGUUUCGUCUAAAAUUGAUGAGAUCUCCAAACUACAAAAGCACAUGGAUGAAAAUGAGAAACUGGUGAUCAUCCCGAAAACCGUGAGCACCGACUCCUUCGUUUAUAAUUCUGUAGAGACGCCUUCCUCUUUGAUGGAAACGGAGGAAGAGGGAAUGGAGAUUAAUGACAACUUAAAGAAAUGGCUGGAACGAGUUGGGAAUUCUAAUUCGAAUAAUAACUUGAAUGUAAAUGAUUAUCGUGUAAUCACUCAAGCAUUCCGAUUUGUCAAACUUGACUCGCAUUUGGCCUUCUUGAUAUCACAGUUAACAAAUUUACAAUCCAUACAUGAGUCGAUGCAAAAUAAAAUAAUGCAGCAGGAUAUUAAGGUCAGCUCCUUGUUGGACAAAGUACACUCUUUAGUUAAUUCUGUCGCUGGAGAUGUAUCAAACAUGAAGACUGUGGAAGAUAAGAUUGAGACCGAGAUUCAGACGAUGAACCGGAGACUUGAUAAUGCUGUUGAGAAAAUAAUCCAAUCGUCAACCACGUCGGCCGUGAUGUUCGAGCUGUCGAAGGAAUCGCUUCUGAAAAUGGAAAAUAUCGAAAUGGCAUCCAAGCAGGUCUCAAACGAGGUGCAGGCUGUCAAGACGGAAUUAAGGGACGUGGGCCAAUCGUCACUUCAGACAAUUUACAACAUGAACAAACUGGAGGAGAAUUUAAUGGCGGGGCUGGAGCGAGCAGGCAACCGAACUGUUUACGCAUUGCGACAAGACGCUAAAGUUGUGGGCCCGUCUGUCUUAUUAGCCGAGGAGGAGGGGAACUCGGUCCAGGCGGAUGUGGACCACUCUCGAGGAUCCCUCUCCUCCUCCGUCAGAAAACUUUCCCUCGUCGAUGGUGGAACCAUCAACGACGAAUCCCUCGGCCCAUGUUUGUCACGAAGACUGAAGGUGAAACGACCCCGGGAUUGCGGAGAAAUUCAGCUCAUGGGUCACUCGCGAAGCGGAGUUUAUACCAUUUUCCCCUCCAUCAAGUCGGAUAAUCCUGCAGAGGUGUAUUGUGACUUGGAAACUGACGGAGGAGGAUGGACAGUGAUUCAACGCCGGACAGAUUCUAGAGAAAAUUUCUACCGAUCUUGGAAAGAAUACCAAAAAGGAUUCGGUUCUCCACACAAGCAACACUGGCUGGGUUUGGAGACCAUUGCUGAAAUUUCACAGUUUGGCGAUCAAGAGCUGAAGGUUGAGCUCGUUGAUUGGAGUGAAGAGCGGAGAGAUGCCAAUUACGCGUACUUCAGGGUUGCAAAUGCAAGUGACAAAUACCGACUCCAUCUUGCCGACUAUGUCUCAGGGUCGUCAGGUGACUCUUUGAGUUAUCAUAACGGGAUGCAAUUUUCAACAAAGGAUCAAGACAAUGACUUGGACCAAAUGGUCAACUGUGCUGAAAAAUAUCAGGGGGCUUGGUGGUACAAAAAUUGUCACUUUUCCAACCUCAACGGGGCCUACCUGGGUGGAGGAUCUCGUGGAAGGCUCCAAUCCUACGGAACUGGAUUAAAUUGGUAUUCUUGGCACGGAUAUUACUACUCAAUUCAACGGACAGAGAUGAAAAUGCGGAGUCGGUUUCUACCAGCUUCCCUUUCGCCAAAAUAAAUUGUUUCUGCAUGGUUUCCGAUCUAUACGUAGUAAAUGGUUGAGCUACAUACUUGCAUAUUGUACAAGAUCAAGGUAGAAUAUUUGCAGAUUUGUUGAGAGGUGGCUUAUAUGUAGAUACGUAAACAAUAUCAUUUUAAGGCUACUCUAAAUAACUUGUGGUUGAUAUAUAUCGGUCCGCACCCAAGUUAUAAUAUAUUUAAUAUGUUUAGAUAUAAGUAGCAUACGUAUUUUGCACUCGUAAUUACAUACUCUUAAUUACAGUAUUAAAAUUUCAACAAGGUUACGAAUAUGUACAAAUGUCUCAUGAAUAGUGCAUUCUGAAUAAUAAUACAGUCAAUUUUUUCCUGUAA